AUGUUUCUCAAUACAAUAUCUUUACUUAUUUAUUUAUUAAAAACCGACUCAUCUGAAUCUUUUUCACCAUCAUCACUAUUUAGUCCAUUUAAUUCGGAUUUACCAACAGGAAAUAUUCUUUCACCAACUAUUUAUAUUGAUGAAUGGACAUGGUUAUUAGAAAAAUGGAAAAUAGCAUUAGAAACAUUGCCGAUUAGUCUAACAAAUCAAGGUGCAUUUGGUCGACUUGUACGUACGACUAUAGGCGUUGGUAUUUCUCGACUAUUUAGUUUUACUAUAAAUAAUGAACAAGAUGAACUUGAUAAGAAAGUUUUUCAAGCACUUCAAAUGGGUUUUUAUUAUGGUAUUGCUUAUGCUCUUGUUGAUGGUCUUCAAGAUAAUCAAAAUCAUCAACAAAAACAAUUUGAUGUUGAUAAAUGGCUUGAAAAAGCAGAACAUAUUUUAUGUGGUGAUCAAUUAAAUACAUCUUCAUUACCUCAAUUACCGAUUACUCCACUUCUACUUGAAACAUUUCAUAGUCUUGUUCAACUUACAUCAAUAAAUUCAAUUACUGAACAAACAUUUACUGAUCUUGCUUUACUUCUUCGUUCUCAACGAUUAGAUAAAAAAGAUUUAGAAUAUUCUAAUUACACUGAUAUUGAUCUGUUUUUGGGUCCUUUAUUAAAAUCGCAUUUUACUUAUACUGCAACAGCUUUUAUGGGUGGAGCAAAUAUAAUUGACAAUCAUGAACGUUUAUGGAUAACACCUUUUUUGGGACAAUUAACAGAUGAUUGUCGAGAUUUCAAUGAAGAUUCUCAAGCAAAAUCAAUAACACCUGUAACAUAUUAUGUUCAACAUAAUGGUACAUCAUUUAAUCCAUUUUUUGUUUUCUUAUUUGUUUGUGAAGAUCUUUACGUAGAAAGUAACCGUCAAAAGAAUACAGGUUCAUUUUUAGGACGACGAAUAAUGAGAACAUUACGUUCACUUGGAGAUGAUUUUAAACAAUUUCUUACAAUCUUUACGGAAAAAUCAUAUCCUAAGUUAUACAAAUAUUUUCUUUCAUUAGAAAAUUUGUUUUCACGCAUUGGUGAUCCAGAAAAAGCAGUAUUUCGUUAUAUUAAUAUGUUUGCUAAAAGUUAUUCUCUUAAUCACCGAAAACUUGAAACAUUUGCAUAUGAUUGUCUACCAUUAGUUGAAAAACAAUUAUCAAUAGAAACAGACGAUAAUAAUUUUCUUGUUCAUGGAAUGAAUUAUAGUUUAAAAGCUGGUGGAAAACGUUUACGGCCUUUACUUUUACUUAUGGUUGCACAACUUUAUAAUAUUGAUAUUAAACGUAUAUUACCACUUGCUCGAGCUCUGGAAUAUCUUCAUACAAGUAGUUUAAUAUUUGAUGAUCUUCCUGCACAGGAUAAUGCGCCAUUAAGACGAGGUCAACCAACACUUCAUAUGACGAUUGAUGAUGAUCACAAUGAUAUUCCACCAUCGUUAACUGAAGGGCGAGCUCAAUUAGCUGCUGUAGAUCUCAUUGCAUAUGCUAUUCAAUCAGUUACUAUUGAUCUUCGAAAAGAAAAUUUUUCAUACGAAAGUAUAAAUCAAGUUACUGCUGAAAUAGCACAAUCAAUGAGUGAACUUUGUUAUGGACAAUUUCUUGAUUUACAAUGUUCAAGAACUAAAAAAUCAUUAACUAUUGAUGAACUUGAUCGUAUAGCUUAUUUAAAAACUGGUAAAGCUAUUGAGAUCGCUCUUAUCUGUCCAGUUAUUCUUGCUACACAAGAACAAUCAUUAGAUCAUUUUCGUGAACUUAGUCGAUUAAUGGGUAUUUUAUUUCAAAUGAAAGAUGAUUUACUUGACGUUGAAGGUGAUACGAGUGAACUUGGAAAAAAAAUAAAUAUUGAUGAACAAAAUAAAACUGUAACUUAUAUAAGUUUAUUGGGAGUUAAAGGAACACGAAAACGUAUUGUAAAUAUAAGGAAACAAGUAGAAUCGAUUCUGAAUGAUUUAUGGCCACAAGCCGGUACAAUUAGAGACCUCAUUCAAUAUAUUUGUGAACGAAAAAAAUGA